UGGUUUGCUACAUGAACGGAAUGAAAUUGCUAAGAUUUAAGAGCGGAACCACUGAAUAAAUGGCUGGAUGAUCGAACGAUGGAAUAAAGGCCAGAAAGAAAGAAUAUAUGGACCUAUGGGUAAAUGAAAGGUUAAAAGAUUCAGACGGCGUAGCAAGUGGAGGAUGAAGAAGAAGAAGAAGAAGAAGAAGAAGAAGAAGAAGAAGAAGAAGAAGAAGAAGAAGAAGAAGAAGAAGAAGAAGAAGAAGAAGAUCGAUAUAUGGAAUAUAUCAUAUAAUCAUCACCACUACCACCACCACAUACCAACCCCCACCAUCGUAAGCACCAGCUCGACCAACAACUACCCCCACUACCAUCACAGUCAUGAAAGAACAAUAUCACUACGACUACUAACAAUAUUAACCUCACCAAUGUAAUAAGAACAGCGAUUUCACAGCAUAACAGCGACAACUUCGCGGCGACUGUUACUAAUCACUGAAAACAAUACCGAUAAUAUCACCAGCCAAUAGCACGGCCAUAAGUUUCGUAGAUGGCUGGUACAGAGGCCGUUUAUGAUUUGGAUAAUCUACUCAUCAAUUUAAAGACUUAUGGUAAUUACCAAAUUAGGCAGCUGCUUGUUGUUUCGUCUUCUCUUUUGAUUGUAUCUCAUAGUAUUUUCCAAUUACUGGCAAUAGGUUACACUCCAGAUCAUCAAUGCAAGGAUCUCUCGGUGGAACAGCUGUCCAUAUACAACGUGACGUCAUACGAUGACAUCAGUUAUGAGAAGUGUCACAUUAACAUAUUUCGUGGCUUGAAAAAUAUUACAGAUGAGCUCUCCUGUAUUAAUGGACACAACUACUCAGCAAAUAAAGAUAUCUCUUUUGUGAUAGAGUGGAACCUGGUUUGUGAUAAAGAAGGCUUGGCGGAAUUAACACAAUCUUUAUUUACUGCAGGCCAAGGAGCUGGUGCUUUGAUAUUUACGGCCUUUGCAGAUAAAAUAGGUCGGAAACCAGUUCAUGUUGGCUGUACAUUUUUCCUCGUGCUAUGUGCGUCCGGAAGUGCACUCUCACCAAACAUAUGGGUCUUCGCAGCGCUUCGAGUUUUAAGUGGAGCUUUUCAACAGGGUUCCGCUAUUCCUGGUUAUACCAUGAUAUUGGAGAUGUUUUCUGCUGACAAACGGACACUGAUUUCAUGCAUACUGGGGGUUUGGUGGAGUAUAUGUGUUAUGAUCCUUGCGUUGGUUGCCUAUGUCAUGAGACAUUCAGAAUGGAGAUGGCUGUGUGCCGUUUUGGGGCUUCCAGGAAUCGUAUGUGUAUUUGAAUUUUGGUACUUAAGAGAAAGCAUUCGAUGGUUGUUCGCAAAAGGGAAAAUUGUAGAAGCCGAAAGAAUUGUGAAACGCGCAGCAAAACUUAACGGAGUCGAUUUCGAAGCGGCAUGGACUAAAUGUCUGAAAUCUAAUGAAUCUGCCAUGGAAAUGCAUCAAUUAGGUGAACAGUCCAAAGAACUAAUUGACAAAAAUGGAACAAACCCUGAAGACGAAGCCGAAGUUCAUCCUAAAGAAACUGCGCUUGGAUUGUUGACCAUGAUGAAAUACAGUACAACUAGAAAUAUCACCCUAGUUGUUAUGUUUGCAUGGCUGAUUACCAGUGUGACAUAUUUCGGACUCUACUUGACCUCCAGUAGUUUGUCUGGAGACCGUCAUUUGAAUUACUUCCUCAUUGCUUCCAUGGAACUUCCCUCCAGUUUCGUCCAAUACAAAUUACUUAUGCUAUUUGGACGGAAGAAAGCCAUCAUAAUUCUCAUUGCUGCCUCAGCUGUGACAUUGUUAGCCGUGGCAGUUCUGAAGUCGGUUGGUGACAGUGACGCCAUCAAUACUGCUACAGUAGUUUUGUCUUUACUUGGAAUGGUCGGUAUCAGUGGUGCCUUUGGUGGUUUAUGGUUAUAUACUCCUGAAAUCUAUCCGACUACAUUAAGGACUGCUGGAAUGGGUGUAGCCUCAGCUACAGCACGUAUCGGUAGCAUGAUCUCUCCUUACACAAGAAUGCUGGCUGCGCGUGUUGUUUGGGGGCCAGGACUUGUAUUUGGUGCUGGUUGUUUCAUUGCAUCGAGCUUGCUAUUGACUCUUCCUGAAACGCAUAAUAAACAACUACCACAGAAUUUGGAUGAAAUGCUGAGCUUCAAACGGGAGCGCGGUAAAGGAGAAGAUGGGAAGAAGAGGAAAAAUAUAAAUUCCAAAAACAAAGAAGAAAUUUAAUAAAACAAUACUUUAUUUUA